AUGUCAAGAAUGUACCAAAUAGAGGCAUACACAUACGAAGUAUUGCUACCAGCUAUGGAAAACAUUGCCCACCUAACUGAUCCCUUGCCGUGGCCUAGGUGUGAAUUUGCCGACGUCCAAGGCCCACCACCCCACACGUUGGUGCUGUUAGACAUGCGUCCCGAGGGCUUCGUCAUGGCGGACCGCAGCGUCUUUAUGGACGAAGCACACUGCCGUUUGGCUCUGAAGCAGCUCGCCCGCUUCCACGGCGCUGGCUUAGCAUUGAAGCACCUCAAACCAGAUCAUUUCGAAGAGAUAAAGAAAAGGCUAAAUUUAAACAUCUGGGACACAGUGGAGCUGAGAGCGAACAUGAAACCGUACAACUCAGCCAUGGUCCAAGUCCCACAUGUGGUACAGGACAAGUUCCCAGAAGGCAGCGACAUCCAGACGAGACUCAAGAAGCUUUUCGGGGCUUUCAAGGAGGAUAGUAUUGCGCUAAUGGGGCCGCUGGCUGGCCCUGGAUACACCAUCAUACACAACGACCUGCACGUCAACAACAUGAUGUACCAAUACGAUAAGGUCACCAACGCUGUUACGGAUUGCCGCCUCAUUGACUUCCAGAUGUCUGUGUACGGACUUCCGGCGCUUGACAUCGUCACCAUCUUACUAGUUUGCACUGAAAAGCCGAUGCGCGACCUGCACUGGGACAGCCUUUUGGAGGGGUACCACCAAGAGCUUCUCGCAACUCUGAGCGCUGCUGGUUGUUCGGAACCUGAAAAACUGCGAAGCCUGUUACGCGAGACGUGGUCUGGCGUUUACCUACCUAGUUUUAUCACGAGAUGAUGGCAAUUAACAUGACGUCAUCUUAAACCACGUCUUCGCUAUAAGUGAGAGGCCUCCAAGUAUGCCGAGAUCAGCAAAAAGCAGAUCCGUCCUUGUUAGUCAGGGACCGUUUUCUGAUACACCUUUGUUCAGCGACAGUGAAAGGCAUCUAAAGUGGACUGUGUCCAAAUCACUAAAAAACAGAUACGUCGUUUUCUGAUGCUUCUUUGCCCCCCCCCCCCCCCCUCCCCCCGAAGAAUGCUCAACAAACAUUAUAGCUGUCGCUGCUGUGUUGCACUUUCAUUGAUAAGAUUGUUUUUUGUUCUUUUUUGAAUACAUCUUGAACCCUUA